AUGUCUGAAUACGGUGAUAUCAACCUCGCCCGCCAAAUGAUGGAGGAGUAUAGACAAGGAGGCAAGUACAACAACAAGCCCACAGCCCGUCGCGGUGGUAACUCUGCCUCUCGGUCCGGCCGUUUCUCGUCCGGCCGCGGCAAUCCGUCUCAUCCUUUCACUCCUCGUGAUCCGAGUGCUGCUUUUGGUGUGAACUUCAACCCUCAAUCCCUCGCAUCGGGACCAUCUGAAUUUGGAUCCGCGCCCGGUCGCGGUGGCCCAUCCCAAGGUCGUAUGGCACAGUCCUUGUACAAUGCCUCGUCACCGACAUCAACUACCAACAUGACUGACGCCAAUUAUGACACCGUCUCCAGUUGGCCGAGACUUCAGGGUUUCGGUGCUCCGCCGUCGCCUCCCCCGUAUACCCAUGAAUCUGUUCAGCAUGACGUUAUCAAGCGAUCAGCAUCCGCCGAGUAUGAUGAUUCUGCCAAGAGACCUCGACGCAGAGAGAGUCCCUUUCAGACGCAAGGUGUCACAUCGAACAAAGUGCUGUCUCACAACGUCAGAAGCCAGGAAGGCUGUCUCAAUGGCGGUCUCGGCGCCAGCCGCUUCUCUGAGACAAACCGGCAGCCUCUCACCAAUGCCAAUGUCGAUGUCGUGAAGUACUCACGAGUUCCUUCUCUUGCCUUCCAUCAACUGCAUACUUACCCCCACGAUGCGAACGUAGGAGACCGACUCAUGACUGUUGAGGCAGUCAUGGACGUUCCAAACGAGACCCCUGCCACCACUACUACCGCGAGUGUAACCCUCCUUGACAACAUGAGAGAUGAUCCACUCAUGGCUGAUCACCCCGUGAUGGCAUACACUGGGAACAGGCAGAAGCUCUCUGAGACAAACAGCGAAUCUAGCCAGGACAUCGAGAUGGAUGACGACGGCCGACUUGGUAUCACAGCCAGUCAGAGUCGCCACGGCACCCUAGAAGACACUCGAGGGAAGAAUGCAGGCCCGGCAGCCCCUGCAAAUAAUUUGCGAGGCCCAUCUGACUACCCGGAGCGCUUGCCGUCAUGGACCCCGGCAUACAUUGCCCAGCCGUUGCCUCUUCCAGCUCACAUCGAUCAACUCGGAGGUUACUCUCCUAAGACUAAGGCUAAAGGGGGACUUGGUGGCUCUCGCUGGGCUUAG